AUGAGAAUGGUGCUGACAAAGAUAGUCUGCACGAUUGGACCCAGAACAUCUUCUAGGGAGAAGAUCAAGGAGCUGAUAGAUGCUGGGAUGUCGAUUGCAAGACUGAACUUCAGCCAUGGAUCAAGGGAAGCACAUCUGGAAGUGAUUAGGAACAUCAGAGACUCCAGAAGUGGUGCAGGGAGGCAUGUUUCAAUAGCACUGGACACAAGGGGGCCUGAGGUGAGGCUUAGGACACCGGAGAUGAAGGAUAUCAAGGUGGAGGGUGGAGAAGUUCUCCGGUUCUCCCUUCUUUCUUCUGAAAAGGACAUCUGGAUACCCGGUGUUGACCUUAAGUCUCUGGGUGUAGACAACAGGGUGUUUAUUGACGACGGGGCAAUCGAACUGAGGGUAGUCAAUGUGGAAGAAGAUGGAUUUGAAUGCGAGGUGCUGAACAGUGGCAUGAUCAAGAGCAAUAAGUCCAUGAACUUCCCUGGCACGGACAUUGGAGAUAGGGCUCUGGGGGAUGAGGACAAGAAUGAUAUCGCCUUUGGGUUGGAGAAUGGGAUAGAUAUGGUUUUUGCAUCUUUUGUGAGCUGCCGGGCGGAUGUCGAGGAGAUAAGAAGGCUUGUCGGAAGCAAGGUCCCGGUUGUAUCCAAGAUAGAGUCGUGUCUAGGGAUGAGGAAUCUGAAGGAAAUAGCCCUAUGCUCUGACGGGGUGAUGAUAGCAAGGGGAGAUCUUGGAGUUGAGAUUGGGCUGGAAAACAUGUUCAGUGCCCAGAAGAGAAUACUUUACGAAGUGAAGAGGGAGGGGAGGCCUGUGAUCUGUGCAACACAAAUGAUGGAGAGCAUGACUUUGAAGAAUGCGCCGAACCGGUCAGAAAUUUCUGAUGUUGGAAAUGCAGUUCUUGAUGGAUGCGACUGUGUGAUGUUGAGUGCAGAGUCGGCUGUUGGGAUGUUCCCUGUCGAGACUGUUAAAUUCAUGAGGAGCAUCUGUGCUGAUGCAGAGAGAUAUGACAUGGAGAGCAGGAAGGGGGCAGGGGCUUGCGGGGUGUCUUCCUAUGUGGAUGGAGUUGUGAUAUGCUCUGGUACGGAGUCACAGAUAGAGAAGAUCUACCUGAGCAAGCCUGAAACUCCCAUUAUUGUGAUUUCCGAGUCCCUGUGGAUUCUCAGGAGGUUCAGCAUCUAUCGAGGAAUCAUUCCUGUGUAUGGUAAGGGGUCUGAGGACGCGGAAGCUACUCUGCGAAGGCUAGGACUGAGGGGAAGAUUCCUAGCUGUCGGCAGAGAAGAUGUGAGGAUGGUGAGUGUUUGA